AUGAACAAACAAUUCCAAAAAGGCGGUGAAUCUUCUAUCCUCAAGCACUUCCUCAACGACGUGGUUCCGACAGCGACCACUGGCCUGGGCCCUGACCACAAUCUCUCCGCUUCGCUUGCGUUGGUCUACAGUGGUCUACUCCCACAGGUCCAUUCAUGGCUUUGUGCAUACAUCCAUUGGCAUAAGACACCCUUGAUGCAUUGGUGUACAUGCUGUCUAGCGACAACCAUGUACGAUGUCGUGUUUGUGUUCAUCCUGCUUUUGCGUGUGCGUAUGGCCUACAUUCGCUUCUGCGCCUCCCAAAGGUUUGUCGAACUUAUCCUCGGUCGAUUGCUUGCUUCCGUUGAUGACUUGGAGACCAUUUAA